AUGACUACUACAAGAAAAGCAGCGCGUCAAAUUAUAGGAAAUUUGACAAGAUCUUCUAUAAUCAACGUAAAGAGAAAUUUAAUAACAAGGCAUUCUUCUUUUUCUCCUAAAGCUCAAGCUUUGAUACCAUUUGUAGUCGAACAAACGUCAAGAGGAGAACGUUCUUAUGAUAUAUUUUCUAGACUUUUAAAAGAAAGGAUUGUCUGCUUAAAUGGUCACAUAGAAGAUAGCGUAGCAGCGGUAGUAGUAGCCCAAUUAUUAUUUCUAGAAGCUGAAAAUCCCGAAAAACCAAUUAGUUUAUAUGUUAAUAGUCCAGGUGGAAGUGUUACUGCUGGAAUGGCUAUCUAUGAUACUUAUAUUCAAUCACCAGUAUCAACUCUUUGUAAUGGACAAGCAUGUUCGAUGGGUUCAUUACUUUUAGCAGCUGGUGAACCAGGUAAACGUUACGCGUUACCACAUUCAAGUAUAAUGAUUCAUCAACCAAUUGGAGGUGCUUCAGGUCAAGCAAGUGAUAUUGCUAUUCAUGCAAAAGAAAUAUUAAGGGUAAGAGAAAGACUGAAUAAAAUCUAUCAAAAACAUACUAAAAAGCACACUUUGGAUGAGAUUGCAGUGGAAAGAGAUUAUUUUAUGACUGCAGAUGAAGCAAAGGAAUUUGGUUUGGUUGAUAGAGUAUUAGAAAAGAGAGAGAUUAAACCAUCAGAACCUACCAUCUAA